UCGGAUUCUUUUGAGUGUAUGGCAAUAAGUUAGGUUAAGUUUAGAAAAAUAAUUUGCGUUUUCUUUUAAAUAACGUAAAGACUUGAGUUAUGAAGGUACUUUACCAUUUCCUGAAUUAAUUUCAAGUAUAUAAAAAUGGCUCUGUCGUUUUGUGGAAAACGAAUUUUAUUAGGAAAACCUUUGGGGGUAUCUUCGAAAAGGCUUCAACAUGGCUAUAUUAUAUUAGUUCCAGAGAUUGGCGAAGAGUCACCUGAAAAGAGUCCCUUUUUUCGAAAUGAUGGCCUCCCCGAAUUUAAUAACAUUACAAUAGAAAAUUGCAGAGCUGCAGUUGCCAAACAGACACUUGAUUUUGAAGCAGGUGUAAAGCAGAUAGCAAAGAACCUGACCCUGAAACCAUGUGAUAAUGUUUUUGAUGAAGUUUUCAAGCCUCUAGAAGAACUCGGCACAUCAUUAGAAAAGACGUGGGGUUUAUCGAAAACUUUGUACUUGGGCAAUAGCACCUUGAUGCCCACGUCAAGUUACAUGUCUAUUCACGAUCGUGCUAGAAGAGCCAGGGUAACAAAGUACAAUAAUAAAGAGAUUUACGAUGCUGUUAAAACUGAACUCGAAACCGACAGAGAAAGAAGUGGUGAGGAGAAUAGAUUAUUACGAAAAUUCUUUAUAGAAGGAAAGUUAAACGGUUUAGAAUUGGAUUCUCAUGGUGUAAUUAUUCUAAGUGGAUAUUUAAACAAACUGGCUCAAGAAAAAACCAUAUUUAAACAGAAAACGGAAGUAUCAACAAAGGCGUUUUUCCAUACCAUAACCGAUAAUAAUAUAAUAAGGGAAUUUCCAGAUAAAUUAGUGAAAGCCAUAUGUUCAGAUCCGAACAAUCCCUUAAAAGGACCCUGGAAAGUAACCCUAGCGCCUCAUGUCUAUAUGCCCGUCAUGAGGUAUUGCCCCGACCCGCAAGUCAGAUGGAAUCUGUGGCAAGCAUUAGUAGGUAGGGGAUCUGCCUACAGAGACAGGGAAUUAAAGACGAGUUUAAACUUGGAAGAAAUUAGAUUUAUAAGACGGGAUAUAGCGAAAUUAUUAAACUACGAUUCAUACGCUGCGAUGUCGAUGGAAACUAAAAUGGCGGGUAGUGUAUCUAAAGUCCAAGACACGUUGCACGGAUUGCUACAAAGCGCCAGACCCGCUCAAGAGGAAGAGUUGAAAAACUUACACCAAUUCGCCUCGGAGAGAGGGUUCAAAUCAAGCAAACUAGAAUUGUGGGACGUUCCUUACUGGAGAAGAAAACAGUUGAAAUCGUUGUACGAUUACGAGGAAGAAACUUUCAAGGAGUACUUUCCCCUACCGAAGGUAUUAGAAGGUUUAAUUCAGUUGUGCGAGAAAUUAUUCAAUAUUGUCAUCAAGCAACGACACAACGUUUCGACCUGGCAUAGAGAUGUCAGGUUUUACGACAUCUUCGAAAAUUACAGCAGCGCACCCGUGGCCGGGUUUUACUUAGAUCCGUACGCCAGAUCCGAGGAGAAAAUAAGAAUCGAAAGCAACGGUUGGAUGGUUGGAAUCCAAAACCACAGCCGCAUUGCCAACACCAAACCGUUAGCAGCACUGAUCUUCAAUUUCGAUGCUCCGACCCCAGAAAAAGACUCGUAUCUCACGUUCACGGAAGUUAAGUCCUUGUUUUACAAAUUCGGUCAUGCGAUGCAACAUUUGUUGACGCGAACCGACUACGCCGAAUUAGCCGGUUUGUCAAACGUGGAAUGGGACGCGGUCGAAAUUAGCGGGAACGUCCUGGCCCACUGGCUUUAUAACAAAAACGUGAUAGAUAGUAUAUCCUGCCACUGUAACAGCGGGGACACCUUGCCACAACAGAAAUUCCAAACUUUAUUGGCUGUCCACAAGCACAUGGCUGGAUUGGACUUGUCCCGUGAGCUAUACUUGUCGGCUUUAGAUUUAGAGUUGCAUUUAACUAAAGACUUCUGGCUGGACAUUAUAAAAAGGUUGUGGCCGCAAUACAGAUGUUUCAAGUUGCACAAAAUCGAUUCGCAUCCGCUGUCUUUUACUCAGAUAGUCUCGGAAGAAUGGGGAGCUGCUUACUUCAGCCACGUGUGGGCUCGAAUGAUAGCUGCCGACGUUUAUAGUGCUUUCCACGAAGUGCAAGGGGACGAACAACAAAUUUUAGACGUGGGGAAACGAUUCAGAGACACGUUUUUAGCUUUAGGCGGCAGCGUACAUCCUAGUCAAGUCUUCAGAGAGUUUCGUGGGAGAGACCCGUCUCCCAAGGCAUUGCUUAGUUCUUUAGGGUUAAAAAAAGUGAGUUCCAAAAAGCCGAUUUAAUUAGUAGUUUUAUUUGUGUAUGUUGUUAUUAAUGAAUACAGUAAAUACAUAAAACCUUAAAUGGAA